UUUAUUGACAUUAUUUGUAUACUCACCAAUAGCAAGACGUAUCUCGAGGCAUGGGUAAAGCAUCAACUAUUGGUAUCCCAGUAGCCAUUGGCAUUGGUGUGGUUGCCGUGACUGCUAUACUUGCCAAGAUCUUCCUGUUUGGAAACAAGAAGAAAAAAUCACCAGUCACUCUCGAAGAACCAGACAGAAAAUAUCCACUGAAACUAAUAGACAGAGAGGAAGUUAGUCCAGAUACAAGGAGAUUUCGUUUUGCUUUACCCAGCCCUGAACAUAUACUGGGACUACCAGUUGGUCAACAUAUAUAUUUGACAGUGAGGAUUGAUGGUCAGUUGGUAAUCAGACCUUACACACCAGUGUCCAGUGAUGAUGACAAAGGAUUUAUGGAUUUGGUUAUCAAGGUGUACUUCAAAAAUGUGCAUCCCAAGUUUCCAGAAGGAGGUAAAAUGUCUCAAUACUUGGAGAGCAUGGAGAUAGGAGAUUUUAUUGAUGUUAGAGGACCAAGCGGUCUCUUGGUUUAUGAUGGACAAGGAGUUUUCCAGAUUAAGUCUGACAAGAAAGCUGCACCAGAGACUGUGAUGGCUAAGAAAGUUGGAAUGAUAGCUGGAGGUACUGGUAUUACACCUAUGUUACAGCUUGUCAGGGCUAUCUUUAAAGAUAAAAAUGACAACACAGAGAUUUCACUUCUCUUUGCUAACCAGACUGAGAAUGAUAUAUUACUAAGGACGGAGUUGGAAGAAAUUGCUGCUGAACAACCAAAUAGAUUUAAAUUGUGGUUUACGUUAGAUAGGCCUGAAGAAGGCUGGAAGUAUAGUAAAGGAUUUAUAAGUGCUGAUAUGAUUAAGGAUCACCUACCUCCACCAGAUGGCGAUACUCUUAUUCUGAUGUGUGGACCACCUGCCAUGAUCAAUUUUGCUUGCCUACCUAACCUGGACAAACUUGGGUAUACACCCAAGAUGAGAUUUGCCUACUAAGACCAAUACUAAAUAUAAGUUAUUAUUUGUAGUUCCUAUGACAACAUAUAUUAGUGUAUUAUCAUGCAAGGGUAAUAUUGAAAGAAGAAAGCUUGCAUGUGUAGAAUUAUGUGGUAUUUAUAUUAGAUAUUGUUGCAAUAUUAUAACCAAAAAAAUGCUAACUUUUUGUCUUCUUCCUUCAUCUGGUUCUAAAUAUAUGAUAAUACCACAACAAAUACAUGUAAUAUAUAGUCAAAGGAAACAAUUCAAAAACAUGGGAUAAGAUAUUUAUUGAUGACGUUUCUUGAAUUAUAACAUAAAAAUGAAAACAAAAUUUUUUGGAUAAAGCUAUAAAAAAAAAUAGUAAUGUUAAAAACUAUACACUUAACCUUUUGCCUAUACAUGUACAUUGCAGAUUCUUGGUUUUUUAUUAAGUAUACUCUUUCUCUUGAGGUCUUGACUUCAACAGACAAAAUGCGGCCUUAAAGUAUGAGUGAGGGAUGGUUACUAGUGAGAAUGCAAUAACAAGGAAACUACUGUUCUUAUGUAAAAAUAAACUAACAUUAUAGAGGAGAGACAUUUCUUAAAAAACACUUUAUACAUCACAUCUUGUAAAAUUCCGACAUUUAUAAAUACUUUAAAAUGCUAUGGUGUUGAUUAAAAAAAUAUGGUAUAAUGCUGGCAGCAACAUACAUGUUAUGGGAAAGUCUGUGUGCAUUUAGUGAUUAUAUGUAUUUAUUUGUGAUAGGCUGAUUAUUACAAGUGUGUGAACAGUGCUAUAUUAUUUAUGAUUGUGGCAAUGAAACUAUUUGGUGCAAAAAUGCAAUAAAAAUAUGCAAUGCAUGACAAAUACUUGUUGAUAUUAUAUAAAAGAUGAAGAAUUGCAUAUUAAAGGAAUGAAAAAUGGUUUUUGAGCUUUUUUAUUUUCUUAUUGGAACAUUUUUGAAUUCUUUACUGAAACUAUGAUAUUAAAGUUACAACAAUAAGCUUUAAUAUUGAAAUUGUAUCUGUUAUAAGCUAUUAUAUUUAUUAGAUAAUUUUUUUAACAGUUAAAAGUUGGAAAUAUAAAUAAUGAAAACAAUGGGUACAUAUGAUGUUUGGUGUAGGCAAUGCAUAGAUAUUAUAUGAAGUUUUUGUUACAAGCUUUUCUAUUAUUUUUAUUAAAAUUCUUUGAAUAUUUUGUA